AGUUGAUAAACGAAAGUGUUUAAGUAGUGCUUAAAUAGUUAAUAAGUAUUGGCAGCAAAAUGAUUAAAUAUGCUGUAUUGGUUGUUGCAUUCUUCGGAAUUUCGAUAGCACAACAAAACCAAAGAAUUCUAGAAGCUCCCAUUCCAGCUCUCUGUGCACAAAGAAUCAUUCAUGAAAGAACUCCCGAUGGAAAAGGAUACUUUUUCAGUUGGAAGGACCAAAAUACUAAAGGUGUUGAACAAGAUUGGUUGAGCACAAGAAAUUAUUGUAGAAAGCGUUGCAUGGAUUUAGUUUCUCUGGAAACCAGUGCCGAAAAUGAGUGGAUAAAAAGACACAUUGUACAAGACAAGGUGAAGUAUAUUUGGACUUCAGGUCGACUCUGUGACUUCCCUGGCUGCGAUCGACCAGAUUUAUUACCUAAUAAUAUAAAUGGAUGGUUUUGGACUGCAGUUCUACAAAAAUUGGCCCCAACAACUCAAAGAGAUCAAAAUGAUUGGUCAGAAUCUGGUGGAAUUGGUAAACCACAACCUGAUAAUAGAGAGCUCAUUCAAGGAGGAGCUUCAGAAAAUUGUUUAGCUAUUCUAAACCAAUUUUAUAAUGAUGGAGUUAAUUGGCAUGAUGUAGCUUGUCAUCAUGUUAAACCAUGGGUAUGCGAAGAAAAUGAAGACCUUUUAAAAUAUGUUAGGUAUACCAAUCCAAACUUGUUAAUUUAAGCUAUGGCUCACUUGAUUACCUUUCAAAAAUUUUAACAUUGUAAAUAAUGUUGCAAUAAUGUAAAUAUUUAAUGGUAGUAAAAUCUUAAUUUAUUUUUAUUAUUUCAUUAGAAUGUUUAUUGAAUAUUUACUACCACCUUUUCAAUUUUUUCUGAAUAGUAAUUCUAAUAUAAUAAUCAUAAAUAUUGUUGAAAAGGCUUUGAAAUUUCUUUUGUAAUAAAAAUAUUUUUUGAGGAAAUGUCAAGGCUAUUGAUAAAUAUAUCUAUUCAUAUUAGCCAGGCGUAUUAAUUGAAUGUAUAGCAUAGCUUCCUCCAAACGAAAAAUAAUUAUGAUUCAAAUUUGCGUUUAUAUUUAAAAUAAAGUUCUAAAAAAAUGUACACUGAUUUGAAUAAAAAUAGAUGCAUAGUGGAUGUAGUUUUAACCUGUAAGUGUAAACAUAUGUAUUUAUUUUAUUAAAAUAAACAAAUAAUUUAUUUUGAAA